UGGCGGGACGAAGCAGGAUCUAGCGGAAUGGACAGGGAAGAUAACGGCUAUGGUGAGGAGGGGGACAUGGGCGGAGGGGGAGGUGGUGGUGGUGGGGGGGGGAAAGCCUAUCGAGGUAAGCGCCAUUCUUCUAUCCGCACGUUGACGCCCUACUCCAGGCCGCCGGUAAGUCGACUCCCAGGGGCGGGAGCUGCGCUUGUUGGUCGCGGCGGCGGCGGAGGCGGAAUUGGCGGGUCCGGCGGCAAAAGUUCAAGCGGCGGAGGUAGCGAGCAUGCUACGGCUGCGCGGGAGCGGGAAAGCGAUGGUUUGGCGGGAGGAGGCGGCGGAUUGAAUGGCGUUGACGUGCGGAGCUCGGGCGGAUGGGUGCGCGGGCUGGGGUCGAAGAUUAAGGAUCUGGCGAGCAGCACGGCCUACCUUGCGACGGGACGGCGAUGGUUUUUUGGCGGGAGAAGUGAAGAUGGCACUCAACGUCUUGAGUACAGCGAGGGUACCUCCGAUGACGACAGGACUGCCGCGCCUUCGCGGGAAACGGCGCCGUCGGAGGAGGACGGCGCGGAUCAAAGGGAGAGGAGAAGCGCGGCGGUGCCUUCCCGGGAGCCGGCGGCUUCGAUAGAGGAUGCAGAGGAUCCAAGAGAGAGGAGAACAGCUGGAGGCGCGCCCUCGAUGCGCCAGGCGGCAGCGGCAGCGGCGGCGGCGGCAGCGUCGGAAGAGGAUGCGGAAGAAGAUGCAAGGGAUAUAAGGGGUCAUCAUGGGGAACUGGUCGGAGUGGACGUAGAACAACAGCUGUCUCUGGAGCGCAUGGACUUGGAAGCGCUUCUCGAUCGUCAGACCUCUCGAGGGAUUACUAGGGAUGAGUUUGAGCGCAUUACCCGCCUUCUGCGGGCCAGGCUGGUCGACAACGAGAGGGAUGCGGCUGAUGAGGAGGGGGCGGGCAGAAGGGGGGAAAGGGGGAUAAGGAGGCGAGAGGAAGAGGAGAGAUUUCUGGACGUUGGAAGGCUUUUGGACACGAGCAGAGAGAGUGACCGAGCCCGGGCCGUCUCGUGGGAUUUAGUUGACAGGGAUCCCGAUCAGCAGCAGCUCGCACACGCGGGCAUGUCGAACUCCUCCCCCGUCGAUAUUGCCCGUAUGUAUAUCCGGGAGAGAUACGGAGAGCGUGCGGUGAUGGAGGUGAGCGAGUCCGAGCAGCAGCGGCUAAGAGGGGGAGAAAGUCAGUAUGACGAUGACGAGCAAGGUGGGAGUGCGGGGAGAGGAGGAGGCGGCGGUGGCGGCGGCGGCGGCGGAAGCUUGGGCGGGGGGGAUUUACAAGUGGCGACAGUGGGGGGGGUCGCGGGGGGGGAGGAAGAGCGACAGCGGAUGGGGGGGCAAGCGGGCCCCAGCGCGAACGGUUCUCCUCACGGGAUUUUCCCCCGCAGAACGCCCUGGAGGGCUUUCCCCACCGCGGCGGCGGAAGACAGAUUCCGCACCCCCGUGCCGUCGUCCAUCCGCUCCUCGUGGGGUAUCAUUCCGCUGUCGAAUCGGCCCAGCAGCUAUGGAAGGCGGGCGCCUUCCUCAUCUAGGGUUACUCCCCUGAAUGCGAGAUGGACCCCCCUGAGGACCCCCUUGAGUGCGUCGGCGGCGGCGGCGGCGCGGGAGCAGCAACUGAAACGUGGCAGCUCGGCAGUGGACGACGGAUGGAGCGCCGGCGGCAGCGCUAUCCGGCGAACGCGCCAGAAGCUUCCCCCAAGGGACAACAGAGAUGAGCGGGCGGUGGUGCCAGUAUUGGCCCCAAGCACAAGUGGGGUGGCUGUUGGGAGGUCCAUGGCGUUGACUCCGAGGGACAGUCUAGCAUUGCGACGGCUGAAGCAGAACGCGGGAGAAGGGAGCUCGGCUGGAGCGGCAUUGGGAAGGAGGGCUGAAGGAGGGAGAGAGGGAGAGAUUAUAAUGGCAACAAGAGAGAGCAACCUGGCCUCCAGGGACGAAGGAAUGUCGAGAUCGACACUCGCCGUAGCCCCCACACGAAUGAGUCAAACGGCCAAAAAAAUUCUGCAGACAUUAGAUAUCCUCAUGCCGUCGCCGAAGUCAAUCGAGGCGGAGCUGAAGACCAUGGCGGAUGGAAGGUUGCACCGGGACCUCGACCCAGAGCGGCUUGGAGUGCGAGCACUGCGCAGCAUGACAACCCCCUCGUCCCCUCCGCCGCUAGAUUUGAUGGAUGCAGUGACACCGCCUCCCCCUCCCCCGGGAGCGAAGGACAGCAAAUCCUCCACUUCGCAGGGGGACGGAGGGGGAGAAGCGAUGGGGGGAGGGGAGGGGUUGUUGUCGACGCCUGCACAGUAUCAUGCCGUCUCGAAAGCGAUUGUGUUGGCCGGGUCAGAUGUUAACCCUAAUAAAGAGCAGGAGGCAGUGGGCGCUGGGUCGUCACAUGCCGCCGCCAUGGAAACGAGUCCGACCACGGUGAGCACGCCAGCUGGCGCCACCUCCUCCACCCCUUUGCCGCCGGUGGCAGCACGGGGGGGUGCGGGCGCAGGAGAGGAACGCCGCCGGGCCGAAGUGGCGUUGUUGGGCCCCAUCGUGGAAGGAAAACGGCUUUUUACUGACGGCCUGAAAGCUCCCGUGAUCUCGGAGAAUAUCCCGCGAGCCGUGCUUGCCGCAGCUAAUACGGGUCCUCGCUCGAAUAGUUCCGCUGGGAAGAGCGGCGGAGGGAGACCGACGGGGAGGGGCGGGGGAUUCCGAAUGAGCGCGGUGUCCGAGGACGAAGAUGGAGAAGACGGGAAUGAGAUGGCGCCGUCCCGACUGGCGGCGGAGGUGGCGACCAAAAGCGCGCACAUGCUUGCGGAACCUCUGCGCUCGAAAUGGGAAGGCGCGGGCUCUCCUUUCGCAGCAGCCGUGGUCGCUGGUGGGUCAGCGACGGGUUCUGCCGUCGCCUCCUCUACUGCAUUUGGGUCUGUGACUGUUUCUGCCUCGAUGACGUCCUUUGCGGGAGUUAAGACGACGGCUGCAGUUACUGGAGGAGGAGGAGGAGGGAAGAAAUCUGCUGGGUUCACGUUCCCAGCGACUGACGCAGCAGCAGCAGCUGGAAAGGGGGGCUCCUCCGCCCAAGAUGUGCCUGCGAGCCCCAGGAGAAUGCCCAUUGCGGCGUCGGCAACGGGAGCAGCAGCAGGGGGACAGGCGAACCAACGUGGCGGAGCCGGCGGAGUGGCUGCAACUGCGGAAAGGGAGCAGGAUUCCGCUGCUGCAGCGGAACCUCCUGCUGGGCGGUGUACGUUCUCCUCUGCCAACGCGAAAGACCGACUGGUUUUCUCAGCAGUGCCCGGCGCUGAUCAGCAACAACAGGCAGGUGACUUCUGUUCCACUCCCAAGUUCACGUUCGCAAGCAAACAGCAGCAAGAAGCCUCGAGUGCCGGCGCCACGGCGCAGAAGCUGGUGGAGAAUAUGGCGGAAGGAGGGGGGGGGGGAGGCCAGAGUUCACUUUCGCGCCCUCCUCCUGCCAAAGACAUGGAGCCUUCUUCUUUCCCUGUGGCACCAGGUGGCCUGUUUCCAUUUGCAUCAGGCACGGCGAGCAGUUACUCGGCGGCGGCGGCAGGGAUCUUCGGUGCCACUCCUCAGUCUGCUCCAGCGCGAUUAGCAGUCGGGGCUGGUGUUGCAAAAGGAGCAGGGCAAGUGUCGGGGUCUGCUGUCGGGUUCGCUGAAGAGCAGAAAGCCAAGGGAUCAUCCCUACAAGGAGACGAGCAGACGGACAAGGAACCCUCCUCGAAAUGUCUGAAGCCUGCAAUGGCAGGAAGCUCGCCAUUCUCAGCGGCGGCUGCAGCGCCGACGACUCCGCAGUCUUCCUUGUUGUCCUUCUUGCAGGCCAACUCCGAUACCGGCGCAGGAGGCGCAACGUCGCAGGGGGUGGGGGGGGAGGGGAUGCCCGCUGCUGGGUCGGCGGCGAUGCACGGGGCCUCUGCGUCGGCAGCAGCAGGAGCAGGAGGAGGAGGAGCUAUGGUGCCCUCCUCUUCGCUGUCCUCUGCAUCUGCAGCAUCGUCGCUCUUUGGUUCAACCUUUGCUACCAAGCCUGGCGCGGCCUUCGGCGCGGGUUCGUAUGCGGCGACUGCGUCUUUGUUCACUUUCGGCUCAGCUACAGCAGUAUCUAGUGCGCCGAUGACGUUUGGCAGCGCGGUGGGGGAGGCUGGGGGUGUUUCUGGGGCGCAAGGGCAGAAAAGGCAGGCGACGACCGCGCAGACCUCAGGUGCGGCGGAAGUCUCGUUGCUCGCGUCAUCAUCAUCAUCAGCAGGAGCAGCAGCAGUAUUAGCCGCUUCCCCUCUGUUUGGGCAAGUGGUGGCGCCGCCGUCUGGAGCGGGGAGCGCAUCCGUAGGAGGAACAACGAAUGGAAACUUAACGGCGGCGGCGGCGGCGGCGGCGGCAGCGCCAUCUCUCUUUGGAGGGGGAAUGGCGGCAGGUGGGUUGGGGUCUUCUGCGGCUGCUGCAGCGACCGCGCCGGGACUGACGUCUUCGGCUUCUGGCUUCAAGUUUGGCGCUGGUUCCUCUGGUGCGGGAGUGUUCGGCGGCAGCGCCGGUGGGGGGGGAGGUGGUGGGGGAAUGCUCUUCGGGUCGACCGGCGGAGCCGCCGGGGUUUCGUCUACUAGUUCUGCCGCCAGCUCGUUGUUCGGAAGUGCGCCGGCCGCGCCGGCCUUCGGCGGGGCCGCGCCCAGUGGAGCGCCGGCAUUUGGUUCCGCAGGCUUCGGCGCUCCGCCAGCGGUGCCGCCGCCGUCCGCAGCACACGUCACUCCGUCGCCGUUUGGUGGAUUUGGCGCCACUACUCCGUCGUCGGUGAUUGGGCCAUCCUCCUCCUCGACUUCGGCUUUUGUAUUUGGCGGCGGGACCACGUCCUCUGCCUCUGGACUUGCGUCUUCCUCCGGCUUUGCCUUUGGAGUCUCAUCCUCCUCUUCGGGGAUGGUGGGCGCUUCGUCUCCCGCUCCUGCGCCCUUCACCUUCGGCGCCCCGUCGGCCAGCGCUCCGUCCGGCGGAACCUUCUUGUUCGGCAGCACUACCUCCGCCUCCUCGUCGGCGGGGUCGGGGUUAUCCUCCUCAGGCUUGUCGGCGGCGGGAGCGUUUGGGUUUGGCGGCGCUUCUGGCGCGCAGUCCGCGACUCCAUCUAGUGGACACUACGGAAGCAGUGGCACGUCUGCCGCGGCUGGAUUUGGUGGCAUGCCGUUCGGCGGCAGCUCAACGCCGGCGGCCUUCGGACAAGGAGUGGGAGGGGUCAAUAGCGCUCCGACAGGGGGGGGGGGGGGGGGGGGAGGGGUUGGCCUUGUUGCUAAUGAUGCCAACAUCAUGGAGGAGAACAUGAGUGACGAACCGCCGAACGCGGGAGUGGCAUCCGCUGCCCCCCCGCCCACGCCGUCUAUUUUUGGUUCAUCUGUGCCUGCGCCGUCGUCGGCGGGUUUCGUCUUCGGAUCAACGGCAUCCGCCGCACCAAGCGCAGGGCCGUUCGUGUUUGGUGGUGGUCAGCAGGCUACCGUAGCCCCCAAUCCCUUCUCCACUUCCAAUCCUUUUGCUAGCUCUGGUGCAGCGCCUGCUCCAUCAUCACAAGGAGGGGGGCUGGAUUUUGGAGGCAGCACCCCUGGCUUUAGCAUGGGGGCUGGCGAUCCAGCCCCUUCACGGCGAAUCGUUAAGGCCAAGAGGCCUGGCAAACGAGGUAAGUAAGAUAGAGGGGGGUUUUGGCGUUCUGCUUUUUGCUUUCGUAGGUGUCAGAUGAGGUAGACGGUCCGGCUGGUGGUGGGGAUGGUAAACAGGCUCUGCUACCUAGGCAUUCGUCUUGUACCCCUCAGUAUGCAUUUCAUCUGCCUGUCGGCGUCAGAAUGGACAAGUGUUUUGGCGGGAAAUGUUGUGCAUGAUAGCUCUCUGUCUGUGUGUGCGUGUGUGUGUGUGUGUGUGUGUGUGUGUGUGUGUGUGUGUGUGUGAGAGAGAGAGAGAGAGAGNGUGUGUGAGAGAGAGAGAGAGAGAGAGAGAGAGAGAGAGAGAGAGAGAGAGAGAGAGAGAGAGAGAGAGAGAGAGAGAAUGGAGUAGGGAAAGAAGGGAUUAGAAGAAACACUGGCAGAGAGAGGGUGGGGGGCGGGAAUCGCAGGGAAGUGUGAUGUAUGGAAGAGUUGUUGGCGGGAAAGGUUAUGGAAGAGUUGUUGGCGGGAAAGGUUGCGUGAUAGGUAGGUAUGAGAGAGGUAGGUAUGAGAGAGGAAUAGAAGUGAGAGAGGAGGAAGGUGAUAGGCGGAGGAAGGGGUGGGGAAAAGGAAGGGGUGGGGAAGAGGGGAAUGCACUGUCACAGAGAGAGAUUGGGUGAGGGGGGGGAGGUGGGUAUGUUGUCUCUUCAAUCUCCUAUGUUUUGGCGGGCUUUGCUUCGCUUUUGGUGAAGUGAAGGAGAAAGGAGAGUGCAGAUUCAGGGGGCAAUGGUGGGUGAAGUGGAGCGGAAAGAUUUUGAUGAUCCUUUGCGUGGCAGUUGCGUGCCCCGAUCAUUACGCCCGCUGGUUGCUGGGUAGUAGUCUUCAGCGCUGGGAUUUUCUGGAAUGGCUAAGCUUGUCAGGAGCAGGUUGAACAUGGCAGAAGUCGCUGCUAGUCGAGGUAGGGAGAUCAGCAUCGUGACUAGUACCUAUUGUUGUUACUCUCGUGUUUGUUUUUUCUCAUCAACAAUGCCGUAAUCGCCGUCGUCAUCAUCAUCCUUGUCUACACUUUCUGUUUUUGUAUAAGGUGAUGUAUGUCUUGCUGUGUGUGGAGGAAGCUUGCUUGCCAUGAUUCCACACCAUGGUCGCUUUCUUCUCUGUUUAUCCAUGUGAGAAUGUGCUUGCACUGCCCAUGCAAGAGGGAGAGAGAGGGAAGAGAGAGAGAGAGAGAGAGAGAGAGAGAGAGAGAGAGAGAGAGAGAGAGAGGGCGGUGGCACAUCGCAUGCAUGAGGGAGAGAGAGGGAAGGGUGGAAAGAGAGCAUGCAUGAGAGAGAGAGAGAGAGAGAGAGAGGGAGAGAGAGAGAGCGGUGGCGCAUCGCAUGCAUGAGAGGGAGAGAGAGGGAAGGGGGGGGGAGAGAGAGAGAGAGAGAGAGAGAGAGAGAGAGAGCUUGCAGAGUACCACUAGAUUUCACGAGAGAGAGAGAGAGAGCUUGCAGAGUACCACUAGAUUUCACGGCCUGCUGGGAUUCAUGAAGGGCCUAAUGUUUUGGGAGCGAUGGAGUAUGGCCCGUUGGGUCGGAGAUCGUAUGGCCUUGGAGACGGCAGGCUUUGCUUGUCUGUCAUGAAAUCGCGCCAGCCACUUCAGUCGAGGCUCCCCCAGGUUUCCUGUGAAGACGACGGAUUUUCUGGGGGAAGAGGGAGUGGCUUGUGUGGACCGCCAGAUCCAAGAUCUUACGGCCUCGGGGGAGUUUUUGUGUGGGUGGCGGGCCACGUGGCCCGUAGUACGUGUGAACCGUAGUUCCGCUAUAUCUAUCUAUCUAUGUUGUGGAGAUUUAGGGCAUAUACAUAUUCAGACGAGGACAUUUGUGGAUGUUUUUGACUGCAAUUGCGACCAGAUGCAGAGGCUUCGUGUUCCAAAAAAGGCCUGUGUAAUAAUGAAUAUAUGCCCUUCUC